AUGGAUCAAGGCCUGCUCCUCAACCUUGCCCGUGACAUAGAGGCCCAGCUGAAUGCAGAGCGUCAAGCUAAUAAGAAGCUGACAGAUGAUUUUAAUUAUAACUACGCGCUUCUGUUGGAACGCGACAAGACAAUCGACAUUCUUGAGGCGGAGCUAAAUACGCUCUCAAACGACUUGAAGAAGGAAAAGGAGCGAGCCGGAACAGCGAUAAAUCAGCUAGCUAUCUUGGACCAGAAGCUCUUGCACUAUGACAUAACUGUCACAGAGAACAAAAGCCUAAAGACAGAACUCCAUAAGGCGCGGUUAGAAAUAGCAGACCUGUCUCAGAAACUGUCUGACACUACCAUACAGCUACAGGCAAUUAGGACACAAGAGUCCGAGGCAACUAAAAAGGCGACAGCCAAUCAAAUAAUAAUAGAAAGAUAUGAGAUGCAACACAAGAUGAUGGAAGAAAAAGCAGAGAAUGCAGCCAAAGAAAGCAGGGACAGUAAAGAAGAAGCAGAGAAAGCUCGGCUUGAUGCUUUAAGCCUCCAUGAGACUUUGGUCAAGUUGCAGCAAGAGGUUGCUUCCCUGCAGAUAGAACGAGAUUCACUGCGCAAGGAGCUUGAGAAUGCGCAGUCCCUGUCAGCUGAACGGCAAAGAACCACCAAAAGUGACAUGCAGCACAAAAUAACAACUCUCCAGCGUGAACUCCAGCUCAAGGAAGAGGAUCUAGAGAGAUCCGUUGCAAAGUACAAACACGACGUGGAAGAGCUUCGUCUGAAGCUAUGCAAUACUAAGGAGUCUGCACGUGCAGACUUGGAGAAAGCAGAAGAGCUACGGAAAAAGGCAGAAAAGAAGGUUGACGAGCUCUCUCGGGCUUCAGUAGAAUAUAAAGCGAAAAUAGAAGAGUUACUAGGAGACAUAUCUGUAUUAAAGAGCGCAAUUAUCGCAGAAAAGAGAAGAACUGCCUCACUCCAAUCUGAACUUCAAGCCCAGCAGACAGACGUGGAGGGGUCAUUGCGAAAACGUGCCUUAGAUGCAGAGAAAGAGCUGCAGAUUGUAAAAGAUGACCUUGCUGCAAAGGUAGUAGAAAUUUCAAAUCUGAAUGCAACCCUGUCCAAGCUCACCAUUGCCCUUCAAAUCGCUGACCAGGAGGCCACCAGGUUAAAGGGCCUCAAUGCAGACCUGGAACGAGCCAAGCCAAACCCUCUUCUGGACGAUGCCAAAGCUGCAUCAUUGCAAAGGUACGAAGACGUGAUUAAAGAUAUGAAGGAGCAAAUGAGACGUGCUGCAGAGUGCUCACGGACACUAGAGCUUGAGAACAAUAGCUAUAAGGCAAAACUUGAGGAGAUAAGUCUCAAACUGGAGGAGCUGCAGCAGGACCAUGACCGCGUUCUGGAAAAGAACAAGCGAAUAACUGCUGACAAGGAAACUAUUGCACUGUUGCAAACAAAACUAGCAGAAAUAGAGGUUGAGAAUGAUAGACUCAAAAAGAAAAUUGCGCUCAUGCUGGACGGUGAGUCUGUUGAGCCGGACUCUAUUGAACUCCUUCGCAAGAUGCAAGUGCACAUGAAACUGGCAGCAAACAUGAUCGCAACACUAAAGGAGCAGAAUCAAUCACUUAAUCUGAAGAACAAUAUACUCAAUGAAAGAUUGAAGAAGUACACCUGUUUAGAUUUUAAAGAGAAAUUGGUUGCAGAGACAAAGGAGGCGACACCUUCCUCUCCUCGUGCAUCGCACGCCUCCUUUAAGGGAUCACCUACGCGCUUAGACAAGAACUCCAAGCACAGCCCUAGGAGAAUGCAGCGGCUGUUCGAAGAGGACGCCACCGGUAGAGUUAACAUGGAUCGUCUCUCAGAUUUACCUAGUAACAUAAGUGUCUUGGAAAGCCUCUCAGAGAUGAGUGUCAAGUUACAAGAUAUCCUACGCGACGCCUACCGGGACACCGAAACAGGCCUAUAA